AUGGUUGCGACACAACCAAAGGAUGUUACUGAACCCUCCUCCUAUAAUGAUAACCGCGACGGCAAGAAGAAUAACAACCGAAAUUCUGCUCAUAAAAACCAAAACAAUUACGGUAGAAACAGCGGACGUGGUCAACGUGGCGGCGGACGUGGUGGUGGUCAACCGUCCCUACAAGCGAACACCUCACAAUGGCAGUCUCCUCCCCCUCCCUGGCAGCAAUAUCAAUGGGGUUGGAUGUCACCACCAUGGGGACUCCCUCCUUGCCCAUAUCCGUCUUCUCAAUGGACUCGCCCAAGUGGUCCUCCAAAGCAACCAGGACUAUUAGGUCCACGUCCGCAAGCCUAUGCAGCCAACACUCCUUCUCUAGCACCCAUGGAUAUUGAAGCCGCAAUGCACACCAUGUCCCUCAAUCCUCCCGAUGGCCAGUGGUAUAUGGAUACUGGAGCAACCUCUCAUAUGACGGCAUCACAAGGUAAUCUCUCGUCUUAUUCUAAUAUGAGUAAUUCAAAUCAAAAUAUUAUUGUUGGUAGUGGACAACAAAUUCCAAUCCGUGGUUAUGGACAAUCAACCCUUUCCACAUCUACAAAACCUUUAAACUACAAAAUGUCCUACAUGCUCCGCAAAUUAUUAAAAAUUUAA